AAGUAAGUUGGAACGAUCGAUAGAAUAUGAAAACCAAUCGAAAAAAUCCGAAAGACUAUAUCGCAAAGUCGAAGAAAAUGAUAAGUCGCGUAGGUGGAGAUCAACAGUAUAUUGUUUUCCUGUAUAAUGGCUACGCUCGAAUGAGACACGGACUUUUUCUCUGCCCCGCUCCACACCAAGCUCAACAAGCUGGUCUCAACGUACAAAAUUCUAGUGACUGUAGCCGACUGAAAUGACAAAACGGAUCCACGCGAGUAGAUUAUCGAUGUAAACGAAGCAACCCUUCGGUUCGCAUAUGCUCCUGUCUAUGUUGAUAAUUUUAAAUCUUGUGAAGUGACAGUGACAGUGAGGGUGAGGAAGAGAUAUAGAGAGAGAAAGAAAGAAAGAAAGAAAGAGAAAGAGAAGUACGAUAGAAGAAGAAACGUGCUGAUCAGGUGGAUAUUAAGAGAAUCUUAAAAGGUGAACGAAAGUGUGACCCUUAUGGUUGCCUAUCGUUGGGCGUUGGUGAACCUCCAAUGAAGAACCAUUGGCAUGGCCACGCGACUGAGCCCCCGAAACUCGGAGGUGAACGCACUUGAGCAGAGGGGCUAUUUGAUCGGCAAGAAGAUCGGACAGGGUUCCUAUGCGACCGUACACCUGGCUGAGUACGUUGAUGGAGCAAGUUCGAAAAAAAUGCGAUUGGCAUGUAAGAUCUUCGACAAGGAGAAAGCUCCGCCCGAUUUUCUCGAGAAGUUUUUCCCUAGAGAAUUGGAGAUAUUAACGAAGAUCGAGAAUCCCCAUAUAAUCCAAGUGCAUAGUAUAUUGCAACGUGGGCCACGUGUUUUCAUCUUCAUGCGGUAUGCAGACAACGGUGAUUUACUGGACUUCGUCACGAGAAACGGAGUUGUACCUGAGCAACAAUCCAAGCUUUGGUUUCGUCAAAUGGCCUCUGGAUUGCAAUAUCUUCAUAGCAAGAAUAUUGCUCAUCGGGAUCUUAAGUGUGAGAAUAUUCUUUUGUCGAGGAAGUUCAAUGUGAAACUCGCGGAUUUUGGUUUUGCAAGAUUUUGCGUCGAUCACGAUGGUAGACGCGUCCUAAGUAAAACUUAUUGCGGAUCUGCUGCUUACGCUGCACCUGAGGUUGUCUCUGGUACACCUUAUAAUCCUAAGUUAGCUGACGUUUGGUCUCUCGGUAUCAUUCUCUUCAUUAUGCUGAAUGCUUCGAUGCCGUUCGAUGACUCCAAUUUGAGAAAACUUCUGAAGGAUCAGAUGUCACGGAAUUGGGUAUUCAGGUCUCGAGUACGCGAGACCGUCUCUACGUCCGCGAAGAGCAUCGUUAGACAUAUUCUCGAGCCGGACAUCACCCUCAGGCUAACUCUCGACAGAGUACUUGGUCAUGAAUGGGUACGUACCAGAAAGGAGAAGACCAAUUCUCUUGCAGGCAGACUCAUUCAUUCGGCACCACCCAUUCAUCAACAGGUGAGCAGUGGUGGCGGUACCAUUGUAAGUUCCGCUGCCAGAACUGGAAAUCUUCUUACGUCGAAAGCUUUACCUCCGUUUAAAAAUUCUGAAAAUCAAGGAAGCACUGUUAAAUCAAUUGGAACUUCUGGAAAAGAUACGCAACCACCCAUCGCAGUCGAAUGAUUAUAGUUCUCAAGAAUCAAGAAUAUUGUGACGCGGAAAUUCGAACCGAAGGCGUUUUACAUAUGUUUGCUCUUUGUUAAUCUGACUAUUACAAGUACGAGUAUUAUUUUUUUGAUAACAAUAUAUAUAUAUAUUUUAUAAAUAAACAAAUCCAUACGAUCUUUCAAUUGUGUCUAAUGUGGACGGUGGCAAAAAGAAAAAAGAAACAAAAUAGAGAAACGUGUUGAUCGUUUCGAUGUAUCAUUCAUAUUGAAAAAUCGAAGAUCGCAUGUGAUCUAUUUAUUUGGAAAUUUUUCAUUCGAACAUCUACGACAUCUAAAGUUGACUUAAAGAAUAUCCUGGAAUAAAAACAAGUACAAUCAC